UGACACGACGUUCUCGAAACGGGUUUUCGCGGUACCCAAAACUUAUACACAAAAUAUUGUGCAUCAAUCUCAAGUGCUGACAUUUAAUUAGUUUCCCGAACAACAUUAACAAUUUUUUAUUUAUUCCAUACAUUUCGUAAAUUAAAAACCGCGCUUUCGGACCGAACAUGAACAUUGACAGUGAACGCGAGCAAAGUAGUGAUCCUAAUUUAUUAAUGAGUAGCGAUAAUUGCACAUUUCACGAUGACGAAGAGGAUGACGAUGAUUCCUCAGCGCCGGAAUAUGGAGAGGAUGUUAAGGAUAUGCGGGACGUUGAUUGCGGCGCCAUGAGUGACAUCGAAGAUUAUGGGGAUAGUGAUGAAGAUGAUGUUGAUGAUGACGACGGUGAAGACGAUUUUGGGAGCAAUAGUGCGCGUGGUGAAAGAUCAUGUCUUUUAGUUACAGAUACAAAAAAAGUUAAAAUUAAUAGACGUUCAAGUAGUAAGCAACGGGCUAAAAGGCGGCCACAGUACUCACAUGACUGGGCGGAGAAAAUCCCACUCAAUCCAAAUAAACUAAGAAAUAACAAAAAAAGAGCUAAACAGGUCUCAAAGGACUCGUCUGAAGAGGAAGAGGACUCAGAAAAAGUGCCGCUAAACCAAAGAAAGAAUGACGAACGCCCACAUGAGUAUGAAGAGCAUGCUUUAGAAUUAUUCACCAACCGCGAUGAGGUAGCAGAGAGCCAAGUUGAAGUUCAUACAGUGCAAGUUAUAAAGAUUAUUGGAAACUUAGGAGAUAGCUCUGAGCAAGAGGACAUUGAUGAACCAUUUAAGAGCUUAGAAAGCCCUAUAGAUAACAUAAAAACUACAAAUGAAACUACAUUAGCAUUGAGUGAGAACAACGUCACUAAAAGCGAACUAGUCGUCAAUCACUCAAAUAUUUCAAGCGAUGCCGUACAAGUGUCUGAAGAAAUCGAUGCAAAAUGCGAAGGGCACAUCGUUGCGUUAGAAGAGUUACCAGACUGUGAUGUUGAGAUACCUGUACUGCCGAGAACAUCGCAUGCAAUCCAUAAUAUACACGGGGAAGUGGUUGAAGAAUUAACAACAAAACUCGAUACACAAAUUGUUAAAGUGGAAUCAGCUACCGUAGAAACCACCGAAGAGUCAGAGAAAAACGAGUAUCUACCAAAAGAGAGCACAGAACCAGAGCAGGAUCCGGAACCAGACCCUGGCGCUAACGUUAACGUUAGUAUCGACGACGAGCGCGGCAAAAAUACUAGGGACGGUGCAUAUUCGAGCGCGCAAUGUUUAGAUACAGCAGCAGAGCAAAGUGCACACAACGCCAGCCACACUACCCCUACAGCCGCCAGCGUCUUGGUGGACGAAGAAAGUUGGCGCGAUAGUGUACGCGAAUCCAUUGAGUGUUACUACUCCGCGCAGGAUCUGCUCGAGUACGGACAUCUUUUGAGUAGCGGCCUUAAAACACCAGACAUCGAGUCUGGCUACUUUGAAAAGUCCGAAUCGGACAUAUCGCGUGAUGAAAACGAAGUGUAUACGAAUAAUCUAAGCAAUAGAAUUAGACAACGUUCAUUUUCUAAAUCGAAUAAUAUACAAUUAACGAAUAUGUCCGAAAGCUUACGUUUUGAAUUGAACCGUUUUAAAUCGAUGAUCGAAUCGAUUGAACGUGAACGCAUAUAUGGCCAAUCGACGAACGCGAGACAAGAUACAUUCGAUUCGGUACUGAGAGCAGAGGAAAGUUAUAAUGAUGAUAUGGACGCAGAAGUGGCUGAAACAGCAGAGACUGUUGCCAAAGCGGUGUCGAUAACCGUGACGGAAUCGGAGGAUGCCGAAGCGACUAGGGCAAUGGCGAUGGAUGUAGAUGAGGAGGAUAACAUGGAUGUGGAGGGUGCAGUUGGAGGUGACGACGAUACACGUGGCUAUUGGUCUACCAUUUUUGGUCAAGCCAGCCAAAUUGAGGAGACUGCACCGGAAAUGACGUUGGACGAACGUUUCGCCGAUAUACAAAAAGCACAUCGUGCCCUUGAAUUAUUAGAGGACUAUCAUUCGAGACUAUCAGAGCCGCAGGAUCGUGCGCUGCGUAUUGCCAUUGAACGAGUGAUACGGAUUUUCAAAUCACGCUUGUUUCAAGCGUUGUUGGAUAUUCAAGAAUUCUAUGAAUUAACGCUGCUGGACGACUCGAAGACAAUACAACAGAAGACAGCGGAAACCCUGCAAAUCGCUAGCAAAUGGGAACAGGAUGGCCAUGCAAUAAAAAUCGCUGACUUUAUGAGAAAUUUUAAUCGAAAUUAUGCAUUUGCCACGGAACCAAUAUCAGAUCCAAAACCAUUACAUUCGAUAAUUCCGCUUGGCGAUCACACUGGUGUGGAUGAGUUGCUGUUGAAUCAGCGCAUGAAAGUGGAUGGUGAGUCCGAAAUAUCGAAGGAGACUGCCGGAGUAAGCGCAAGCGGUGCAGCAGCAAGUGAAAGUGGUAGCGGCGGUGCUGUCAAAGCGGCUCGUUCACCCGAAGCGGCGCCCUACCAUAAUCGCCAACAGCAGCAGUCAAGUGCUAAUGUGGACACUGCAAGCAGCGAAGCUGUGAACGGUGAUGAGAGUUGGCAAUAUGAGGAUAUAACCUUGGAGCGCGGCAAUUCUGGUCUUGGAUUUUCGAUUGCAGGCGGUACAGAUAAUCCUCACAUCGGCACGGAUACAUCCAUCUAUAUAACGAAACUUAUACCGGGCGGUGCCGCUGCCGCAGACGGUCGUUUGGCCAUUAACGAUAUCAUUGUGUCAGUGAACGAUGUUUCUGUGGUGGACGUGCCACAUGCGUCCGCUGUGGAUGCACUGAAGAAAGCCGGCAAUGUGGUGAAAUUGCAUGUGAAAAGAAAACGUGGAGGCGGUGGCGGUGGCGGUGGUGCUGUUGCUGACACUAAUACAGCAACUUCUGCCACCUUGCCGCGUAGUGCUGCCCCAGCAGCGGCUAGUGCUCCUACAGGCCCAAAAGUAGUUGAGAUUGAUUUGGUGAAAGGAAGCAAAGGCUUGGGCUUCUCCAUUGCCGGUGGUAUUGGUAAUCAGCAUAUACCGGGCGAUAACGGUAUCUAUGUAACGAAAAUAAUGGAAGGCGGUGCCGCCGCGGUAGAUGGACGCCUGUCGAUCGGCGAUAAACUGAUUGCGGUGCGCACCAAUGCGGCCGAAACCAAUCUGGAGAAUGUGACACAUGAGCAGGCGGUUGCCACACUCAAGUCAAUUACGGACAAAGUAACUCUGAUCGUUGGCAAAACGCAACACCAAGUCAGCUCAUCACAGUCACAAUUCGGUCAAAUAAAUUCGCAUUCAACAGGUGCGAUUAAUAAUAUUGGAAAAACAGUUGUUGAUUUUGCUCGCUCACCAUCACCCCAAAUCAUCACCACGAAUAACAACAAUGCCAGCCACACAGCUACCACCAACAACAUCAACAACAAUAUUCAAUCCUCAGUACCCGCCUCCUCCACAGCAGCUGGUGUUGUAGCAACAGCAUCCAGAUCCCAUUCACCUUUGCCUCAACCAGCAUCUAGGUAUGCGUCAUCGAAUGUACUGGCCACUGUGCCACCUGGAACGCCACGUGCCGUCAGCACUGAGGAUAUUACUCGUGAACCGCGCACAAUCACCAUACAAAAGGGUCCACAAGGUUUGGGCUUUAACAUCGUCGGUGGUGAGGAUGGUCAAGGCAUCUAUGUUUCAUUUAUACUUGCUGGCGGACCCGCUGAUGCAGGCGGAGAGCUGAAGCGUGGCGAUCAGCUGAUGAGCGUAAAUAAUGUCAGCCUCAAGAACGCUACUCAUGAAGAGGCUGCUCAGGCGUUGAAGAGUUCCGGUGGCGUUGUCACCUUAGUCGCACAAUAUCGCCCCGAGGAGUACAAUCGCUUUGAGGCGCGCAUACAGGAGCUAAAACAGCAGGCUGCGCUGUCGGCUGGCGGUACUGGCACCCUGUUGCGCACCUCCCAAAAGCGUUCAUUGUACGUGCGCGCGCUCUUCGAUUACGACCCUAACCGUGAUGAUGGUCUGCCAUCGCGUGGUCUGCCAUUCCGCCAUGGCGAUAUAUUGCAUGUGACCAACGCAUCCGAUGACGAAUGGUGGCAGGCACGUCGCGUGCUGGGCGACAGCGAAGACGAACAAAUCGGUAUUGUGCCAUCGAAACGACGAUGGGAGCGAAAGAUGCGUGCACGUGAUCGCAGCGUCAAAUUUCAAGGUCAUGCCGCUGCCAACAACAACCUGGACAAGGUCAGUAAUGAGCAAUCAACGCUCGACCGUAAGAAGAAGAAUUUCACAUUUUCACGAAAAUUUCCGUUUAUGAAGAGUCGGGACGAGAAGUUGGGAGAAGAUGGCAGUGAUCAAGAGCCAAACGGAGUUGUAAACAGCAAUAGCGAACUUGAUGUUAACAGUGUUAACAACAAUGAUUCAAAUGAACCACAACCUUUUAUGCUUUGCUACACACAAGACGAUGCCAAUGCUGAAGGAGCCGAAAUUAUCUACCGUGUGGAGUUGCCAGAUAUGGAGCAGAUAACACUAAUCUAUUUGGAGAAUAGUGAUGCUGACUAUCCAUCCGAAGAGAAUGUCCUAUCGUAUGAGGCCGUACAGCGGCUAUCCAUUAACUAUACGCGGCCGGUUAUCGUGCUCGGCCCAUUAAAAGAUCGCAUCAAUGACGACUUGAUAUCGGAAUAUCCAGAGAAAUUUGGUUCCUGUGUACCACAUACGACUCGGCCGAAACGUGAUUACGAAGUAGAUGGUCGUGAUUAUCACUUUGUAUCGUCACGUGAGCAAAUGGAACGCGAUAUACAAAACCAUCUAUUCAUCGAAGCGGGACAGUACAAUGACAACCUUUAUGGCACAUCGGUGGCGAGUGUGCGUGAAGUAGCGGAGAAGGGUAAACAUUGCAUUUUGGAUGUGUCGGGCAAUGCCAUUAAGCGGCUACAAGUCGCUCAACUCUAUCCAAUUGCAAUAUUUAUCAAACCGAAAUCUGUGGAUUCGAUAAUGGAAAUGAAUCGACGUAUGACAGAAGAGCAAGCGAAGAAAACAUACGAAAGAGCAAUUAAAAUGGAGCAAGAAUUCGGGGAAUACUUUACAGGAGUUGUCCAAGGAGACACCAUCGAAGAGAUCUACAGUAAAGUCAAAGCGAUGAUCUGGUCACAAUCGGGACCAAUCAUUUGGGUACCAUCCAAAGAAUCUCUAUGACCUACAGCCACUACGACAUGGACACUGCCGCCUCGAGUACGCUGUCGACCAGUCUCGAGAUCUACAACAAAUCAACAUCAACAGCAAACGCACUGAUUUUGAACGAUAUGGACGAUAUAACUACUACAAACGUAGCUGACAAUUCAGUAUGCAAUUGAAAAUCGCAGUCUACGCAGUCUACAACGGCAAUAAAAACUAUACAUACUAUGCAACGACAGCAACUUCGUUGAUGCCGUCAAACGAGUAUAAAACUAAAUCACACACUAAAUCCCAGCCCCAAGCAAACACAUACAAGCAAAUCCAGCCGUUUGACUGGCUGGUGGCAGUAUGCGUGUGUGCGCGCGCCUAAGUGUAGCUGGGUGUUUACGUCGUUGGUGUAACAGUGUGUUACAAAGAACAAAAAAAUAAAAAAAAAAAAUAAAAAAAAAGAUAUAAGACAAUGUUGUAGCUAUUGGAAAUAAUAAUUAUAAUAAGAAUAAGGCAGGCUGCGACUACUAUAUACUGAUGAUGGUGCAUUUGUUGUUUGUUUGUUACCGCUAGCAAUUAAAAUUUCGAUAAUCCAUGAUUAUACAUAUAUACUACAUACAUAUAUAUAUACAUAAAUAUAUAUAAUUAUAUAUAAAACUAAUUAGAAACGAAAAAUUGUAAUGAACUGUGGGUAUGGCCACACUCCAUAUGAAUUGCAAAUAUUACAUACUGACGUACGUACAUACAUACAUACCUGCUUACAUAUACCAUGAAAUUGCAAAAGAAAAGCACAUAAAACUACACAAACUGCGAUUAAGAUUUAAAAUAAGAUUUAUAAAAAUCGUUAAAAACAAAGUGUUGAAGCAAAUUUGCUACGAAUUUUGAGUAACUGAAAGUUUAAAAAAAUUAAAUUAAAUUUAAAUUAAAUGAGUAUGAAUAUAAAAAUUAUUUCCAGUGUCGAGGAAGAAACUCGUUUAAAACACGUAAUGACUUUGAAUCCGAAUUAAAGUACCGUUGAGUACCUACAAGAGUACAGUAAACGUUGAAGUAGAAUAAAUCGCAACGUAAUUAAAAAAUAAGAAAAGUUUGCGAUUUAAAUAUGAAAUAUGCGUAGCUAAUGAGAAUAAAAUUAAAAUUGUUUUAUUAACGUUAUAACGUACAAUAAUUUAUUUAUAUAUAUAGAAAAGUAAAAAAGUAUGAAAACAUCGGGUAGAGUAAGAAGUGGAUGUUAAAAAUGUAUUUGUCAUUAAUGGAACACAAAAAAUUCGAAACAAAACUACAACACAUUAUUAUAAUUAUAAAUGUUUUUAAAUUCUAUUAAAUCACAAUUUUAUGAUUAUUAUUAUUUUAAUGCUUCUUUCCAAACUGUCACAAUUUGAAUUGAUGUAAUCGUGUAACAGAGCAGUGAAGGGAUACAAAUGAAAUCAGUUCAAACAAAUAUGUGCUUGUAUGUUUUGUUUCAAUACUUUCCAAGUGCGUCACGUAUGCAGCAAUAACAAUCUAUUUCACACCCACACACGAGCAAGAAAUAACACACUGUGCUGUACGAGUAUUCUUUUCGUUUUUAAUUUAUACAUCUUUUGUCUAAUAUCCAGUUGGUUGUGUGUUGCAUACAACAGCAACUUACCUUACGCUUCUGAAACGCUUCUGAGUCUUGUGAAUGUGCACGUACACGUACGCGUUUUUAUAGUCAUCAGAGCGCAGUUAAAUUCGAAUAUGCUAUAAAUAUAAGUUUGACAAUCCUCCUAGUUUGCUUUCCGAGUUUAAGUUAUAUUUUCACACUAUGACAACUCUGUUUCUGUUACAAUUCCAUUUUUUAAUUAUAAGUUAUUUUACAAUUUUAUAUAAUUUUAUUUCAUAUUUAAAUGUAGUACAUUCUCUUCCAACUGGAUAUCUUUGUAUUUAAUUGUUAGCCGUAUUCGUCUGAUUGGUUUUGUCUUCUAGCGGCAAUCAAGAGACAUUUGGUCCCGCUCAUGUAGGCGCUGCUGUGUGAAUUUCAGAAGCUUACCGCAGGAGAAAACAUAAAUAGAUUUAGUUUAAUGCGUUGCCUCAGCCGCAGCAGCAGCAGUCACAUUUAUAUGUAAAGUAAAUGAACUUCAUUAGUCCAUUCGUACUACAAUAUGUAUGUACACUACUACUAUUACUAUUUCUAACGCUACUUCAACUCCACUUAAUGUGUCGAAGUGCAUAUGUAUGUAAUGUUUUUUUUAGAACAAUAUUUUCUUUGUCUUAUUUUUAAAUUAUUAUUUAAUAUUGUACAAGUUAUUACAACAAUCGUAGUACAUACCACAUACACAAUAACGCAACAAACAAACAAAAACAAAUAUGCAGAAAAACAUGCAAACUUAACAACAAAAAUACUUUUUUCAACGAAUAUCUACAAUGCGUUAAGUGCAAGAACAAGAAGUAUACAAUAAUACAGAAUUUAAGUAAACAAUUUAACUUAAUUAAAUCGUUUCAUUUUUAUUCAAAAAUAA